AUGAGCCAAUUAAGCAAGAACGAACAGCUCUUGUUAUCUCAAUCCUCCACUGCUAUCCCAAUUCCCAAAAUAGCCCUCGGCUCAUCUUCCCACAGAAGCGAGAUUCGCAACAACUUGCCUUCAAAUAAACCCGCUUUGGUGCCACAGCUCAAAUUCAACACUAACGACGCACGCAUAUUUACGCAGGCUGCCUCUACGGGUGUUGACAUUGAGCAAAUCAUCGAAGAGGAGAAUGAGAGAGAGGUGAACGAAAAGAUAGAGAACGGGAGGGAAGAGUAUACAAGUGACGAAGAAAAGGCACUAGAAGAAAUCAUAAAAGAGGAAGAAAGAAAGCGAACGAAAAACGAGUUACCAUCCCUGGACAAGGUAUUAAGCAACGAGUCAGGAGCUCCACUGAGUCUGUAUAAUUUCUAUGCUUAUUUGAGAGAGGCAUGGCAAGCUGAAGAUAACCUUAACGCCUGGUUGGAUAUCGUAACGCACGAGGCAGCUUUCAAGCGCUGGGUCGAGAACGAAAAGAAAAAGAAAUCUGAAGCCACAUCAAAUAAUCUCAACUCUCGUCUCUCCCCUCCAUCUUCACCAUAUCGUGAAUCCUAUUCUGGUGCUCCAAGUGUAGCCUCUGAAGAUAGUACUAGUCAUGCUAUGGUGUCGAUCACACCCGAUGAGGAUCAAUCAGUUGUUCACAGCGACCGAAUGAGUGGUGUAUCUAGCGAACGAUCUGCCGAAAUACGUAUUACCGAAGACAGUCUAAACAAAUCGGCCAAAGAGAUUUACCGCAAAUAUGCUAGUUUGAAUAUAUUUCCAGAGGAAAACAAAAAGACUAUGUAUGAUCUAAUUGAGCGCCAAGGCCGAUAUAACCCUGUCGUGUUUGCUACAUCCAAGGCUUAUGUAUAUCACAUAAUGUCCGUGGUCUAUUUCCCAAAAUUUAUCCAAUCUGCUGUCGAAACAAACCUCACCGCCAUCCAUGCGAUCAUAGCGCUUCCUCUCGGUAUAGUUGCGCUGACUGGUGGCAUUUCGUUGAUCCUGUUUUAUAUAUUUCAAGGAUCAGAAUCGCGAUUAGUGAGGCUCUGGGGAUUCAUUCCUAUAUGGUUUGGAUGGAUGCUGUUGCAAAUAGCGGCAACGAGGUUCGCACCUCCGUUGGUUCUAUUUAAAUUGAGUGAACAUAAACUGUUUAGGUUUCACAGGAUUAAGGAGAAGGGAAUAUUAAAAGCACAUAGGAAAAAGGCAAUGCAACUCAUUCUCUGCGAUACUGUUGUUGCUAUUUUCAAUAUAAUUCUGUUGAUUGCUAUACCACCUAUGGCCCUGUACGAAGAGAACAAACACUGA